CUGGGGGUAACUUGUGACAAGCCGGGCUGGAAAGGGGCGGAGGAAAGUUUGGUACUUCAACAAGACAACGAGGGUCGCGAAACUUUCAGCAUUCGGAAUGAAGGACGUUGUGUCAGCAGACGACAGCACGACCAUUCAGUGCAAAGUGAAGGAUUCCGAAAGCCCAGAAAGAAGUUCCGGAUCCAAGCCGGAUAGUUGUGACACUCCUCCUGAGGAUAUCGAUACAAAGGACAAGGCCCAAGAUUCACCCAAAUCAGACGCUAGUCCACCAGCGGAAAAAGAUAAACCAACCACCAGGGCUGCCCCAGUGAAGAAGUCAGCUGCGGUUUACCCUUCUAAACAAGUACAGCAAACUAGGCCAGUGUAUGCACCAAAGAACACAACAAUGUCACCUACUGCCACGCCCACAGCACCAGGGUACCACACCCCUCAGGGAUCAUGGACCCCCAACCCCUACUACCGGUCCUCAGGGGUAGGGAUGCGGUACUCGCAGCCCCACCCUGCAGCUUAUGGCAGCUAUGCACAGUCACCGAGUUAUCCACCUCGCAAUAUGCCUGCUGCCAGCCCCAACACCACCAGUAGCCAGUCCAGCAACCAGUCUCUAUCUGGAGAGAACCUCAGUCGAACAAACCUCUACAUUCGUGGCCUUAACCCCAACACCACAGACAAAGACCUUGUCACAUUAUGUCAACAGUUUGGAAAAAUUACGUCUACAAAAGCAAUAAUAGAUCAGAACACAAAUAAAUGCAAAGGGUAUGGGUUCGUAGACUUUGAGUCUCCACAAGCGGCUGAGGCUGCGGUCCAGACGCUCCAGAGUCAGGGCAUCCAGGCACAAAUGGCAAAGCAACAAGAACAAGAUCCCACUAACCUGUAUAUAGCUAAUCUCCCUAUAUACUUCACCGAGAAAAAUUUAGAAAAUAUGUUUAAAGACUACGGUACAGUGAUAUCCACAAGAAUAUUGAGGAAACCUGAUGGAUUGAGUCGUGGAGUGGGCUUCGCGCGCAUGGAGUCGAGGGAGAAGUGCCAGCAAGUUAUUGAUGCUUUCAAUGCUAAAAUUUUACCAGGUUGUACAGAAGCCUUGUUGGUGAAAUUGGCAGACAGCGGCAGUAAGAAGAAGAAUCAGUUCCAACAAGGGAGAUUAUUUCCUCCGGGAAGAGAAGAUGAACUAGGCCUUCAAUUACAGUUCAGUUACGACCAGCAAGCAAUUCCAGCAAAUCUGAACCAUGGUGUAGCCACACCGGCGGCGCUGCUCCCCACAGGACUCGUCCCCCGUAACUACACAUCAGUGGCGACGACCCCAGUGACGACCUAUCAGGUGUCGUCCAAUCCCGCCACUUGGGGAAUGCAUCCACAGUAUAUCAUGCAACCUCAGCUGCCUCAUUAUGUCGCCAGCCCCUAUGCCCAGUUGGCUUACCAACAGGGGGCACAGACUGGGGCCAUGCUGACAACGCUCCCCAUGGAGGAUCAUAAUUCGAAUGAAGAAACUGCCCAGCAUCACUUUCAAGCUUAUGCUGCUGCCGCUGCCAAAUAGAGUCUGAUGUGCUAACAGCACAUGUGUGUAAGUGCGUUCCACAGACGUUUCUAACGGCAACUGGCAGCCAUGUUGUGACUGGGAUGUGUGACUUCUCCAUUGUCAUGCUGAUGGACUACUGACACGGACUAUUUUCUACCAUUUUGCAAAUUCCCAUUUUUUGACUGCGGGAGUGAGAGGUUUCAUGUCAGAAUAUUUUUUAUUUUUCCUUUUUGUUGAGAGCAAGUUUCAUCAUAACUGUGACCAAAUGAACUUUUUGACUUGUAAAAAGAUAUGUUUUAAGUCCUGAGUUUAGUUCGUGUUACAAUGUAUAGAAUUUUUCGUAUGUUUCGCCAUGUAGAGUACAAAUGUUGAUCUUUUCAGAAAGAUUCUUUGAUUUAUGUGUAAGUUUUUUAAGGACUGAGAUUAUACUCUUGACUAUUUUGCUAAUUGUAGACUUUUCAUGAAGGGGGUAUUGUAGUCAAGUGAUCUUUACAGUUUAUUGUUGUUUAUUUUGCCAAAUUUGAGGGAUAUUUUUACACCUAUACACUAGGAAGUGCACUUUCUAUUUUGUAUGUUGGUCUGUGAAUUCAGCAACCAGUGCACGGUCAGGAUGGUGACUUUAUUCACUGUUAUUCAUGGUUAUUGAGCUAGAAUCAACAUGAAUUUUUCCAGUUGUAUAUUUUUGUGUUAGAUGUUAGAUUUUGAUGGCCUCCUCACAACACACCAGGGGUGUAAAAGGAUGUUUGUGUAUAAUGUAAUGCUGAACCACAGAUUGUUACGUGUUUUAUCACGUAAUAUUAGGUUAGUACUCUAUUGUUGGUCCUCAUUGAAAUACUGGAUGGAUAUAUAUAUAACCAGAUCCCCAAAAUAUUGUGAUGAAACAAAAAACGAUUCACGUGUUACACUCCUGUAUCAUAUACUGAGGGAACAAAAGAAGGGAAGACAUGAAAGCACACGUGUUCCUAUAUUUUAUUCCAAGGUUUCUUCACAAGCCUUGUAUCGCACAGCUUGUGAAGAAACCUGGAAAAAAAUAAAGGAACAUUUGUGCUUUCAUGUGAUCCCUUAUUUUUUUCCCUUAGUAUAUAUACGGAGCUAAAAACGUUGGGAAUCAUUACAAUUUAACAGAUAUCGUGUGAUAAGUCUUCACCAAAACAUUAUCCGUAAAACAUCUUUAUGAUAUGAUCCUUUUCUUUUCUUGUUCAGUAUACUUUCAUCAAGUGCUAAACUGUGGUUCCAUGGAAACCAGAGCUCCCCUUUACAUCCCUGGGUUUUGUGAGAUAAGCUGAUGUUGUAUGUAGAUUUAGUGAUGCUUUUUUACUUUUGUUUUUGAAUUUUUGGCAUCAGGUUUUCUGACAGCCAUGUCAUUGAUGAUGUACAGACGUAGUUUCAUGCGUUUCUAUGGUGAUCUGUUAUAUGGUGGUUGUUAGCGUGAGAACGUCAUUGUAGUGUAUGUACAUGAAUCCAUGUGUCUGUGUUAUAGACUUUUUAGGAGACAAACAGAAACUUUUGACAGUUUUUGGAAUGUCGUUUUUAGAUUUUAAUGUUAUCUUGGUGGUGUUAACAGAAGGCUUUUCACCUGUUCAUGGUAGUUUUGUACAGAAUCGUGUUUUACCUGUCAUUGAUGAUGUUCGUGGUCUUCCGUAUGUGGGACAAUGGAUUAGUUUUUAGUGGUCAAAUUUCUACAGACUUAUUUUACAUCAGUUUUCGAUAUAUACAGAUUUUUAUCUUUCUUUUCCAUUUGUUUGACCAGUAAAAAUUAAUGACCUAUUUCUGUAGCUCAUUGGAUUACACCACUGAAAAGCCAAUCCGGAUCUAGUUUAAUGAGUCAAUUUCAGUUACGGAGAAAUGGGAUUGUUUCUUUGAAUCACAUUAGUAAGAUCUUAUGGUUCCAGAAUGACAUCAAGUUACAUAAAGCCUUAGGCAUCUAUGUUCAAUGUUCAUAAUGAAAAUUGUACAGACAAAUUCAUUUUUGUAUUAAUGGUAGGGGGUUUGAAAUUUAUUUAAGACUAUUUUAUCAGUGAUAUUCGUUGUUCCAUCAAGAAUUAUGUAUCUCCUGUAAUUUAUUCAAAACAUCUGUGAUAUUGCUUAACAUUUCCUAGCUCCUAUCAUUAACACUCAAGUCAUAUUUGGAUCAUGCCAGGCAGGGCUCGUGUCACUGCAGGAUGUAAUCAGUUGAAAUUUGUUAUGGAUUUUAUUAUUUUUUUUGUUACGAUGGCCAGUUUCAAUCCCUAUUUGUAAAGAACCCACAUAUUCUUUGUACAUAUUUUUGAGUCACCCCAUGCUCUGUAACAUCGGAACAAACAGGAUGAGGUUGAUGCACCGAGUGUCCGUCGAUGUGAUCAGACACUUGUGUCGUAGCGAUCCAUGUGAUGGGCUCAGCACCAUGUCCUUGCAUAAUACACUUACCCAACUCCUCAUAGAUAAAUGAAGUCAUCUUCCUAUAUACUCUGUUUCAGCAAGUGAGCAUGUGUCAGGUUAAUGCUGGAGAUGUCGUUAAUGAUAAGAUCAGACUAUUUUUGGAUGAGUGUUAUAUAUUUCUAUGUACGUCAUCUUAAAGAGGUUCUUGUGAAGCAUCACACUCGACUAACCCAAGACUUAGGUGGCAGACAUUAGUUCAUAAUAGCUUGAGGAAGCAUCAAAAGUAAUGGCCAUUUAUUGCUAAAAAUGUGAUACAGCCAAAAGGUCAUUAAAAAUAUGGCAGUCCAACCUAAAAUCAAACUCAAAGGAUCAGGAAUAUAAUAUACUGGGUAUAUACUGGGUCAUCUAUCAUCAAAGCUAUGAGCCAUCCCUGCCUAAUAUCAAAUGAAUGACCCCCUUUAAAAAUCUGAUAGUCACAGUCAUGGCCAGUCAUCAACAUAUGACAAGAAUUUACCCUUGAAGAUGACAGUAAAGUCUUUUUUAUCAAGAAUAUUUCUGUGGCUGUCAUUGGAUUAGAUACUGCGAUCUCAAGUUUGAAUGAUAUUACCAUCAAAAUGAUCAGAUCUAUGUACAAAGUUGGUGUACAUAUGGGUUGGAAAUCUGCAGGGUCUUAUCUUCAUUCUUGUGAAUGAAUUAAUCAAAUUUUACUUAGGAACGGAAGCACAGAGGUCAUUCAGAACUUGGUGUCAAAGUUUUAGCCUCUGAUUUUCACAUCCAGAUGGUGCAGAGAUUUGUUUAUCCAACUUAGAGAGCCUGGGUACUUUUUCGAUUUGCUCUUUUUUCUUGGUGUUUUCUUGUACAGACAUUGACGGACCAAUGAAGCAGCUCAGUGCUCAUGUUGGAAUACCUCAUUGUGACGUGACGGUAGACGUAGUCAUGUGUCCUGGACACUCUACACAGCAUGGAAUAAUCUCAGAAUGAACCACCUCUCACAAACACUCCAUCCAUGUCGGAUUACGUCAGUACCAACUCAUGCUUGUGCAGGAUACUCAGCUAGUUGACAGCAGCAGGUUAACACCAUGUGUACCAGUGAAUGUUGUUUAUAGAUGUACAUACGAUUAGUCUCAGUGGUGAAGAAAUAUACCACUAACAGUCCAGUGUUUGUCAGCUGUGAACUAUCAUUGUCCGUUUCUAUCAAUAUUCAAGGUCAUCUUCUCAUCAUCAUAGUAAAUUGCCAUUUUUGAAUGAAAUUUGUUUCAAUUACUUAUGAAUUGUUUUGAAUGCUUGAUACUUCAACGUUUAAACGAGUGUGGUAAUGGUGGCAGUUACAGAAGGUAUGGUUUGUGAGUGUCCAAGUGCAGAAUAGGGUGUCAUUCUGAGAUUAGUCAUGAUGUGUUUACAGCUGUACAUUACUACUGUCAUUACUGUUUGUUAGUUGCUUGAUCUUCAAACACAUUGUCUUUUCUCCCUCUAACAUCCUGCAGGUGCUUGUAUUACAUGUUAGAUCAUGCAAUAAGACCCAAGCACAGUUUUACAUUCUGUUGAAUCAUGAGUUAUAAGGCAAUAACUGAUGAGCUGUGAGUUAUGAAGCAAUAUGUUGUACACUGUUAAGCUAGGAGUUGUGUAGCAGUAACUCAAGCCAUGUUACAAGCCAGGAGUUAGGAGGCUAGAACUCUCACAUGUUACACACUGUUCAGCCACAUGUUAUGAAAAGAUAUCUCAGAUAUGUUACACACCAUUUGGCCAGGAGUUAUGAAGCACUAACUCUCAAAUAUUAUACACUGUUCAGUUAUGAGUUAUAGAACAGUAACUGAGUUAUUUUACCCUUUUUUCAGCCAUAAGUUAUGAAGCAAUAACCUAAACAUGUUGUAUACUGGUGAAAUGACAAUGUAUUUGAAGACCGUAGUUCCAAGAUGUUAUGCCAUAACGUUACCUGCCUGUUUGCUGUUGUGUGGGUCUUCAUGAUUAUAAACUUUUACAGACACACAAAUGGUCAACACCUAUACAUGGCAUUUGGCCCCAAACAUCCUAUUUUUCAGUUUUCAAUCUGUCCAAUUAUCUUGUGCCUUCAUUUCAAGUAGUUAAAAUUUGUUAGUUAUAAUUAUGCAAAACCAAGUGCAAAUUAAAUCAAUACCUGUGUGAUCUAUGUGACAAGGUUCAUUAUGCAAAGCUUAUUUUUGGUUACCGAUCUUUGCUGUGGACAUUUGUCUGCAUAGAACAGUUACUGUAGCCAUUGACCAUGGUUAUUGUCAUAUUGAUUCUCAACAUUGUUUAACUGUGUAACAAACAUGUACCCACAAACAGGAAGGAUGAACUUCAGCAGCAAUUUGUUAGUUUCAAACUCUGAUUCAGAAAAUACAAACAUUUCUCCAAGUCUGUUGACAUUGAUUCCAUUUCCCAUGAAGAAACACAUCAAAUUUCAUGGACUGUAGAUAUACUUGAUGAACACAUCAGUUAUUUCCUGGAGAUGUGCCUUCUCUUGGCAGCAAGAGCAGCAAAUGAAGGUAUCAUAUGAUUCAGGAUUAGAACUGGAUCUUUGUAGUCUGUUCUGUGGGUACAUGUGUGACAUUUCAGAGUUAGAACGUUGAUGUGUGUGUGGUCCCACACUCUUUGUAACAUUCAAAGCAAGAGUAGAUUUUACGGGUAUCUGGUUUCUACCAUUGAAAGAAACUUCCAGGAAAUAGCAUUACAGGUUACGAUCAUACGUACAUGGUCAAGUUAGAACUCUGAAAUGUCCACAGUUUGCAUGUAUCUAGUUAAGUGUACAGUCUGUUUCCUAUAUUCCAUCAGUGCACUUGUUACAACACCACAUCACUAUAUCAUAUCCUAGGGUGGGAUUGAAGACCUGAACUUUCAGCAGGAUAGAAUUACAUUGUUGCUAUAGAAACAGGAAGCAGCACUAAAGCACCUUGUUGCUAUUGAAACAAAAAGCAGCACAGAAUACCUUGUCACUUCAGAAACAGAACAGAACUUGUUGCUUCCGAGAAGAUGAUCAGCUAGCGGAUGGAUGAAGUGUGGCAUCAGAGAUAAACAGCAGCAUGGAAAUAUGACUGUGCUGCAGAUUUAAAAGCAGCACAGAAUCAUUAGGUAUUUAUAACCUAGGUCAUCGAGGUAUAUAUAUCCUGUCAUUUUUGGUGUAUAUACACUGGGUCAUCAAGGUAUAUAUAGCCUAAGGUCAUCUAGGUAUAUACACUGGGUCAUCAUGGUAUAUAUAACCUAGGUCAUCUGGGUAUAUAUACCAUAGGUCAUUCCGGUGUAUAUACCAUUGGUUACCUAGGUAUAUAAAUCAUCUGGGUAUAUAACCUAGGUCAUCUGGGUACAUAUAACCUAGGUCAUCGAGAUAUAUAUUACCAAGGGUAAGAUAUGUAUGCUGAUACUUGAAGAAUGGACAUUGCACUGUGACUCAAGUUGUUGCACAUUGUGUUAAGGUUGACGGCAACUCAAUGAUUGUCCAAUGGAUUGACCAAACACUGACCAACAUACUCCACAACUAGGAGAAGGUCCUUGUAAAAUCUAGUGAAACAGUGUUCUGGUGCAAAGGUUAUUUUUGCAAGAAGUAGCUGCCUAGGUUUUGUACUUUGAUCGCUGGUCCAUAUUUAACCAAAUUAUUUUGGAUGAUUUGUUGUUUACAAGUUGACGGACCAUGUUGGUAGAUAAACAUGUUGAUGAUAACUGGCCCAUUGCUAGGUGUUCCUGGUAGGCUUACGAUGCCUAAAUGAAAUAAAAAGAUCGGAUCAUG